AUGCACUCUAAUAUGAAGAUCACCUGUGGAGACUUCACCUUCAAUAUGCAUCGUGUCAUCGUCUGCUCUCGAUCCACUUUUUUCGGAGCUGCUAUGCGCAAUGGAUUCAGAGCAUCAAUAAGUGGUAUCGUUGAUCUGUCUGAGGAUAAAGUCCCGAUCAUCGAGCGCGUUCUUUCUUUUCUCUACAUCCAGAAUUACGAAGAGAUCCGAGUCGGACACACCAUGGAACUAGGGAUUGAAUUGACCGAGGGGUUUAUGAAUAACAUCGACGUCUAUAUUGCCGCUGAAAAAUUUGGGAUCUCCGACUUGAAAAGGUUUUCUGGAGCGAGAAUCAAGCACUGGUUGAACGACAAUGCGAAUAUGAAGUCCAAAGCAUUUCUGAUCGCAGCAAACGAGAUCCUGGACUGUAGUCCUUCAGGCGACAUUGACCCGACGCUUCAAAAUUAUCUCGCCAAAACAAUUUCGAAGAGUUAUACUCAGUUCAUUGCCAACCAGGAAUUUAAUAUUGGCUUUCUUCAUUUGAUUCGGAAGUCUGGAAUCCUCGGAGCAUCACUUGUGGAGAAGAUGCAGACUAUCAACAAAGAGCUCGCCCUUGAAGUCGAAGACUUGGUGAUUCAAGUCGAUUGCUCGAGAGAGGGAAAUAUCCAGCUAGCCAAAAAGCUCCCAAAAACCAAAGACCGCGAAUCAGGAAGUAAAAAGGUGUAUCGAAGCCGGGGAAAUGAUAAAACCCUGCAGCAAAUCACACUACAGACAUUGCUGCAGGGCAUUCGGCGAUACCAUAGAGAGGAGGUCUCAUAUUCCAAAAAAUUACUGGAGUUUGAAUGCAUCAGAAUGCAAUAA